AUGGCAGAGGCGGGCCCUGCACUCAACAUCUUCUAUCGGCUUUUGAGUCGGCCUGAGCGUAGUCACUGCCCAACACAGACGGUAAAGAAGCUUCUGGAAGAACAGAGGCGCCGACAGCAGCAGCCAGAGGCAGCUGGGGUGCCGGGACACUUCUCCCCUCCUCUCGUCCAGCCACUGACCCCAUCUGUGAACGAGGCAGAGGCAGUUUCAGGCCAUACUCACUUCCCUGCCUUCCAAGAGACUGUGGAUUCUGGACCUGUCAACCUGGCUCCCCCUUCAGGCUUUGCAGACUGGGACCCUAGCAUCCACGCUACAUAUGCCGAAGGCUCUUUCCCCAACUCUGCUUCUGAAGGCUUCUUGACUCCUGAUUUCUACCCAAUAUCAGACCCAGCCCGGUCAGGCCCAUUUCCCCUGGCGAUGGAGGACCCUCUGGAUACCCGGCUGUAUCCUGAGCCUUCCCUGUCCCAGGUCGGAUCCUGGAGAGUCUCUAGUCCCCCCUCAGGGUCCCCACAGUUGCCUCCACCCACUGGACCCUCCCUGGAGACAGCCCGAGCUCACAUAUUGGCUCUGGGGCCCCAACAACUGCUGGCCCAGGACGAAGAAGGAGACACGCUCCUGCACCUGUUUGCUGCUCGGGGCCUGCGCUGGGCAGCAUAUGCUGCGGCCGAGGUGUUACAGAUGUACCGACAGCUGGAUAUUCGUGAGCAUAAAGGCAAGACACCUCUCCUGGUGGCAGCUGCUGCCAACCAGCCACUGAUUGUGGCAGACCUGCUGAGCCUGGGAGCAGAGCCUAAUGCCACUGAUCACCAGGGCCGUUCUGUCUUGCAUGUGGCUGCCACCUACGGACUCCCAGGAGUCCUUUCGGCUGUGUUUAAGUCAGGCAUUCAAGUGGAUCUGGAAGCCAGAGAUUUCGAAGGCCUUACCCCACUCCACACAGCCGUCCUGGCCCUCAACGCUGCUAUGCUCCCACCUAGUGUGUGUCCAAGGAUGCUGAGUUCCCAAGCCGGAGACAGACUGGCUUGUGUGCAGAUGUUACUGCAAAUGGGUGCCAGUCAUACCAGCCAGGAGAUCAAGAGCAACAAGACCAUUCUGCACUUGGCCGUGCAGGCUGCCAACCCCACACUGGUUCAACUGCUCCUGGGACUGCCAAGGGGGGACCUGCGAGCCUUUGUUAAUAUGAAGGCCCAUGGGAAUACUGCCCUCCACAUGGCAGCUGCCCUGCCCCCUGGGACACCCCAAGAGGCCAUUGUGCGGCACUUGCUGGCAGCUGGAGCAGACCCAACACUGCGCAACCUGGAGAAUGAACAGCCUGUUCACUUGCUGCGACCUGGGCCGGGCCCUGAGGGGCUCCGGCAGCUGCUGAAGAGGAGCCGUGCGGCACCCCCAGGCUUGUCCUCUUAGGACUGAAACCCAGAACCUGGACUGAUUUUCCAGUCCCCACCGUCCCGUGGGACAGUCAGCGUAUGCUCAUGUCGCAGAUUCUUGAUAAUAUGUGUACUAUCCUGCCAUUAGGGUCUUACAUUAAAACUCCAAAGUGGCACUGGGGGAGGUGAGCAGUCUCCAAUAUUUGGGGUCUGUUUGACCUCCUCCUCCUACAAGGGGCUGUCUUGAUGAUUUCUGUGAAAUCGAGCCCACUUGCUUGUUUCUAUGAAACACUCUAGAGACCUUUAACUCUUUCCUGCCUGGAUCAGUCAUGAUCACCUCUUCAGACUCAGUCUUACACCCCAGAAUGCCCAAUGGAGCUUCUAUGGGAUUUGAGGCAUCCCAGUACCUUCGGGUCAGGGUUCCUGCCAGGACCCGUACCCUCAGAUGUUGAAAAAGGCCCUCUGAGAUUAACGUGCCCUGAGCCCUGGCUACACUGUCAUUUAGAACUCAAUGUCUCAGAUGCUAGCAUUCCCUGUAAAUUGUUCCCCUUGGUCUGUGUAUCCCUGUGGCUAUCAAUUAAACUCAUUUUGGCCUCA